UAUUAGUGUAUCUCUGUGUCACUCUCUCACUUGCCUUCAAAUGCGCGCCGCUUCGCCGCCCAUAGGAUGGUCUCGUGGAAAUAUUGGUAGUUCUUCAUCUUCUUCUUCUCUUUGAUCUACACGCAGAGUUCGUCCUUGGUUCCAAAUUUCACCACUUCUUCAUAAAAUCAUCCUCAGAGUUGACGAACUGCCAAUAUGAACUGAUCUUUUUUGAAUUGAUUUCAUAUCAUUCAAUCACGACGGUGGUUUUUUGUUUGUUUUUGUUUUAUUGGAAAUCGAACAAUUCAUUUAUUUAUUUUAGGGUUUUACAACUGCCUUAAAAUUCUUCAUUUUGUGGUUAUUCAAGACAAGUAAAACAACAUACGCAUAUAAGAUUGACUGUACUGUGGUUGAGAGAUUGUAUCAUGAGAGCUAGGUUGAUAGUGUUUCCGAUCAGAGGGAGGAACUGGUGCUUUAGCAGAUCGAUUGACCAGUCCGUUUUGGACUCUCAGUAUUCCCAAACUCCUUCCACGUUCAAACAACUCUGGAUUAAGAUCUCAUCCUCUGAGAAAGCCACCGACUCCAAUGCCGAGCUGCUUAUUGAUUUCGUUGCUAAUAAGAUGAAUAGGGCCUGGACUGGUCUUGAAAAAGCACCACCUGGAAGUUUCAAAAACAAGAUUCAUGGGUUGGGAUUACGCCUCUUGGCUGGCGUUAGGCCUUCUGAGAUUUUCUUGAAAUCUAUAUCUAAGGAGGUUACAAAUGUUGAAAUUACUUACCCCUCCAGUUUAAAUGCACGGCUGGUCCGCCGAAGGCUACGACAUAUUGCCUUUAGGGGAACUGUUAUUCACAAGAAAUACUUCUAUGGAUCAGUUUCGAUGCUUCCACUGACAAGUGCCUUCGCAGUUCUUCCUUUGCCUAACAUACCCUUCUUUUGGGUCUUAUUCCGCACUUAUUCUCACUGGAGAGCUCUCAAGGGGAGCGAGAAACUUCUUCAGCUGGUAUCAGAUACCUCUGAGAGUAAAACUCCAAAUGAGAACUCAGAGAAGGCAGACCACAAUUCACUUGGUGUUCAAUGGGUACUGCAACCAUCAGAGGAACUUGAGAAACAACUUCAUUGCGGAGAUGAUGAUGAUGGUCUCAGUAAGGAUACUAUAUCAGAUAUCUGCAAGACAUAUGAUUUAAACACGAUUGAUGUUCUGAAGUACAGAAAUUCAGUGUAGCUAAAUUUGAUGAUUUCUUUUCUUUU